ACUGUUAGUCUUGUCAUACGCAACGCUUUGGAACUGUUGAAGUCUUCUCCCGAUCCUACCUCUAUGGAGGCGGACACAGUCCCAGAUAUGGAAAUGGAGGAACAGUUGUACCGGUCACGUAAACAACAGAGACAGAAGGCUGUCACUUUACUGCAGAAUUUUUUGCGCGAAAACAGUAUUUUCACGCGCCUUUUCGAGGUGGACCCUCUCCUCUGGUCCGAGGUCUGGGUGGAACUGGCCAGGACAGCUCUCUUCAAGGCCAUUCAAAAUGAUGCCACCAUGGCCAUUGACGACGGACAAGAUGCAGGUCAACAACAGCAGACUUUGGCAGGCAGCAGCAGCAACCUGCCGCAGAUACUUUCGUCCACUGUACUCACUCACCGUUAUGCUGAUCAGGAAACCUUGAACAUGGCAAUCAUUGGUCUCUUUGAGGACUUUGAACAGUUCCCCUUCCGCCUUUAUUUUCCACCCUUUGAGCUGGAUGCUCAUCCGGUGAAUGGCUGGUUCCGUCCCGUCCUGAAAAACGCGAGGCUGCUGUUGGAGGUGUUCUGUCCUCAGUUGAAGGGUUCGGACUACCAACAGGCCAGCUCUGAUAGCAGUUUUCUGCAUCACACCGUUGCCUACCGACGUCGCGCUUAUGCUCAGUUUGUUAAUGGCCUCUAUACACACUGCCUGUCGGCCUUUGAAGCUGGCACAGUGGACGGCGAGGAAAAUCAGCUGCUACUGGCAAAUUCGGGCUUGGUGGCUUGUCUGUUUUCACACUGGCCCAUACCCGUGGAC